AUGGAGGCGGUCGGCAAGGCGGGCGGUGUUGUGGAGGCGGCGAUCGCUUACAUCGCGGUGACGGUGGUAAUCUACAACGCAUGCAUCCUGGCCGACAUCACCGAGCCACCCAUGGAUUUCGUGAAGUCGUUAGUGAUGCUAACUGUGACGGAUAUUGUGAGAGCCACAGACGUCGAAAAAGUUCUCGACGACUUUGAAAGCUCUGAGGAGGCGGUGAAUGAUGGCAAACUCUUCGCGGUGAUAGGACUGUUGGCCCCGGCGCAGCGUUGCGCACUCGAUGUUCCGGACGAGAGGCCGUCUAAUGCCGAGCAGCUCCCACUUUCUGGUUCAAUGCUCACCUAUAAUCACCUGAUGCAUCGGCGCAACAUCUACAAGGGCGCGCCGCCCGACUUCCAGCAGCUCGCCCUUGAAUACCCGCGAUUCCGCAAGCACUGCACUUAUUCGAGUGACAAAUUAAUCGUUGAUUUUCGUGACGUCGACGCCGUGCGGGAGUUGACUCGAGCAACCCUUCAUAAAGACUUUCGACUUUCGGUGGACCUUCCCGAGAAUUCCCUGGUCCCUCGUAUCCCGCAGAAGCUGAACUAUCUGCUUUGGAUCGAAGAUUUGUUGGCGCUGAAUUCACUUGACAAAGGAAGAGUGCUUGGGAUCGACAUUGGAACCGGCGCCUCGUGCAUCUAUUCGUUGCUAGGAGCCCGGAAAAAUCACUGGGAUUUCGUGGCAACGGACGUGGACGAAACGAGUUUAGCUACAGCCAGAGCGAACAUCGUAGCCAACGAGCUGCAAGACAGGAUCAGGACGUUUCUCGUCGAAGGUGAUGAAAUUAUAGGGCCGGUCGUCGAUGCCUACCCGGACGAACAAUUCACAUUUACACUUUGCAAUCCGCCGUUCUUCAGUGACGAGGAGCUGAACGAGCGUUUCAACUAUUCAACGGGAAGAGGCGGCUAUUCGAACCAGGACAACAAGGACAAACACAAGCGACGAGCGCCAAAUUCCUCUACUGUAGCAAAGGGCAACGAGCUGGCCACUGAAGGAGGCGAGGUGGCUUUUGUUGGACGGAUCAUUGCCGAGUCGACGAAGAUCCGGGAUCGUGUUAGGAUUUUUACUGUGAUGUUGGGCAAGAAAUCUUCAAAGUUAGCCAUCCGAAAGCGCCUUUCCGACCUUGACAACGUCUUCUUGGCCUUCUCUAUCCUUUACCAAGGGAAAACGAUUCGCUGGGUGGUCGCUUGGACUUUUGCGACCGACCUUUCUCUUCAUCCUGAUACGAUCAUUUCUGAGGACGAGACGUUCCUGGAAACCAAGAUAAAGCUGGAGGCUUUGAAAACAAUUCUGGAGGGUCUUCGGAUAAUCAUCUUUCAUCAAGGACAGGCGUUUCUACGAUGUGAAGCACAACAGAAUACUUGGAAUCGUAAACGUCGACUUUCCAGGACACUACCCACAGAUGAUAAAGCCAACGUCUCAAAGGCCGGCCCCGGCAGCGAAAUUCGGUCAGGAAAAGUCGAAGAGGUAGUGGAAGCAGGACGCGAUCUCCUCCGAUUUUCCGUCCACCAUCCGAUCAGCAAAGAAGGCCUGGUCGCGACGGAUGCUUGGAAAAAUACGAUUGAAGUGGAGGCUUGCGUCACAGCUUCAGCUCGCGGCGACAGCUUGGUCAUCAUCGGCGCCUUCUCCGUCCCGUGUAUCAGUGCAUCUAAAUUCCGCCGGCAGCCCAAAGUCGCGCCCUCCAUCGAGGAGUCCGACUCGUAUCUGGCUCCCGAGGACUAUGAUGGUCAGGGCAGACUCGUCAAGCUCAUCACGUACGGAUGCCAAAUGAACGAAAACGACAUGGAGCUCGUUCGUGCUUUUCUCGUCAACAGCAACUAUCGGGAGACCGACAAUUUGGAGCAGGCCGACACUGCGCUUCUUAUGACCUGCUCGAUCCGAGAGGGAGCUGAGGCGAAGGUCUGGCGGCAGCUGAUGCGGAUACGAAAAGCAGCCAGGCGCGUUCAAACUGUCGGUGUAUUGGGAUGCAUGGCCGAACGGAUAGGGCAUAAACUCUUCGAGCGACGUGGUGGCACCCGGACUCGCAACAACGCGAUCAAUGUGCAACUUUCGCUGGAGGAAACUUACGAAGAGGUGGCUCCGGUGCGCAAGGAUGAGAACGGGAAAACGGCUUUUGUGUCCUCGAAGAUUGUCGGCGACCUGGCGCAGUUCAUGGUGCAGAACAACCUGACGCGCGAAACCCUUGUCGACCGUGCAGACGAGCUGUCCUUCCCGAAGAGCGUCGUCGAGUUCAUGCAGGGCUACGUCGGGCAGCCGCUCAGCGUUCGGCCGGCUUCAUCGUACCUUCACCCAACACUAGCGCGACGUCUCAUUGUCCGC